GGACGUGCACCUGCCCGUGCUGCUGGAUCGCUGUCUACUCGCCUUGAUGGGUCGAGCCCGUGCACUUUGUUCCUUUAACUGUAGGUCAGGCCAUGCACGUGUGCGCAUGCAUGUGUGUGUGUUGGAGGAUUAGGGGGGCUCGCAUGUUUUAUUCAUCACUGGCAUGUGGACGCCACUGCACAUGCAAGGUUUUUUCCAGCCCCUCCCGAUGCCAGUCCACGCUCGCUCACCUUUUUCCUGUAGGCGGGGCACACAACUGCGCAAGUUGCUUAAAAAUUAAUGGAGGGACCAGGCAGGUCGCAAGCUGCGCAAUGGAUUGAAUCCCUUAUUGAAUCAGGUCAGAACUGCGCGCACCCACGCGGUCAGUGUCAGCACGUGCAGCACCCGGAGCUGGGGGGAUGAGGGGUUGGGAGAGGGUCUUCUUCAUGCCGACACUCUGAUUUACUCAGCGAAAAAAUGUUGUGGGAACUGCUUUCCGAUAUGUUUUGCUUUUGUUUCCCCAUCACCUAUCAGCUUCAGGGCGGUGUGUUGUUUUACAAACAGUCUGGUGCCGAUCGCUUUCUGCGCACCCGUCGCCAGCAACACCUGCAGAACCGUUGUCUUGGAGGUGGCUGGAGUGGGGAGACCAGGUUCGCACCUCACCACCGGUAUGCGAACCUUCUUUCUGGGUCCAUUAUAAUUUUUUUUUUCUCAAUAAUAAAGCUUUCGCUGUACCAAGAAUUUUGACCCUGAAAACUGCUGUAUGGGGUGUAACGGCCCCCAUCAUGGCACCAAAGAGCACGCAGAGCAUCUCCUACAUCCUCCCGGCUGCCUGUCGACUAAGCCUUCUGUUUCCCUGUCAAGUCCCAUGCUGCUUCUUCCUUCAUACAUCGCCGCACACCUCGGCUUAACUUGUGCAGCUUCACCCAGCUGCAGCCAGCUGCCCAGUGUUUGCAAUGACUCCCUACGCAGUCAUCAGAUAUGAAAACGAGGCUGGUGCUUGACGCGGUUGAGGGAAAGCAGAUUAUGCCAGCAAUCCUUGGAGUCUGCGACGGCACAUUACGAGCCAACUGUGAAAACAAAACAACAACAAAAAUCGAAGCUGGAAGUAUGGCUCAUCGAGCUAAUGUCCUCGCCAGGCCCAGUCCAGCUCGUGAGCCGUUAGUGCCGCCCAGCAAGCGAAUGGCGGCAAAUGGCGAGGACAAGAUUGUGACCAAGUGCUAAUGAAAGCAGGUUCCAGGGGCAAGUCAUUCGACUAGCACACCUGUCAGCACCCAGCAGGUAAACAGAACACUACAGCACCAGCGUCAGACACCGUGUCCGACACGGAUGCAUCAUCAAACAGAUGACUGGAGUGACAACCGCGCCGAUUAAAAGGCCAUCAGGCUGGGAUGGACUUCACUACAGCAUGGACUUCCCUCCCACGACCUCCUCCUAGUCGACUUGUUCUCACACACUAGAUGGAGCUGCAAACUGGGCAGUUAAUGUCGACCUAACAUUUUUUUGUUAUUCCAUUCGUGCUGCCACUUUUUUUCUGGGAGGGAGGAAAGACAACUCUGUUGUAUACAUGCCGUUGUCACGAGAGUUGACGGGGUUGUCGGUGUGUGAGCGCCUCUAGACAUCAACAAGGGGAUUCGAACUUGUGUUCUUGGUGUCCGAGUGGUAACUGUGUGACAGAGAGAAGUUUCGAAACCUCGCUGGCUCAGCACGAACCUGACUGCGGUCUUGCAUCAUCCUGUCCGAUGUCCCACGUCCACCAGAAGACAGGAGACAAGUCCAGACAGCAAGCCAGCCAGCGCUAGGUUGUGAAGUUCAGUCAAAGACGACCUCCAUCCUGUUGUUUCUUUUCUCUGUUAGGUCGCGAGUGGUGUUGGUGUUGAUGCCCAUCGUUGUUUCUGUUGGCUUUCUGUCUUCCUGUUGGCUUCUGUCUGAUGAAGGAUGACAACGUGGACUGCAUCCAAACUGUCAACCCCUGACCCCAACACAUUCAGGAGGUGAAAAAAGUACAAAACAGUGAGACAUUCCGCCAUUGCUGCCUGACCUCCAGCGUGCCCUUUGACCCCCAGCGUUUCUGUGAUGCUCUCUGCUGCCGUCACUGGCGCCACAGCAGCGCGUUACGUCAGACCGUGCAGUGCGUCACAUGUAAAAUGACGUAGCGUGCAUGGUCAGCGGCGGCAGUUUGCCUCGUGCGGCACUGCCAUGCGCAACACCACAGACAGCACUGUGGGCUGGAUGGUGGGCGACCUCACCACGACCUGGCCGACCCCUGCGAGCGCCCUCUACAUCAGCAUUCCAAAUGUCUCUCACAAUUCUUCCUACGAGACAGACAGCACGGAGGUGGGUAGUCUGGCGGCCCGGUACGACUCGCAUAUUCCCCGCUUUCCCCUGACUACCCUGGUGUCCAUCUGCGUGGUGCUGGGCGCCAUGAUCGUGGCCACGGUGCUGGGCAACGUCUUCGUCAUCACCGCCAUCGUGGUGGAGCGCAGCCUGCAGGGUGUGUCCAACUACCUCAUCCUGUCGCUGGCCGUCACUGACCUCCUCGUCGCUGUCCUCGUCAUGCCACUCAGCCUCCUCAACGAGGUGUCCGUGAACUGGUACCUGGGCCGCGCCCUGUGCGACAUGUGGGUGUCGAUGGACGUGCUGUGCUGCACGGCGUCUAUCCUCCACCUGGUGGCCAUCGCGUUUGACCGCUUCUGGGCCGUGUCCAACAUUGACUACGUGAGACGACGCUGCGCGCGCCAGAUCCUGCUGAUGAUCGCCCUCGUCUGGUUCGUCUCCAUCGCGAUCUCCAUCCCGCCUCUGUUCGGGUGGCGGGGCGAAAUGGACAAUCCCGAGCUCUCGGGUCAGUGCAUGAUCAGCCAGGACCACGGCUACACCAUCUUCUCCACGGUGGGCGCCUUCUACUGUCCGCUGGUCCUCAUGCUGGUGCUCAACUUCAAGAUCUACCGGGCGGCCCGUUACCGCAUCCGCCGGAAAGGCUUCGUGGCCGUUGGUGGAGGACCUGGCGGUGGUGGGGGCGGUGAUGGUGGUGGAGGCGGCGGUGGUGGUGGUGCAGGAAGAAACAGCCGGCGACAUCACAGAGGAAAGGUUCAAGUGCCCAUGGUGUACGUGGAGGAAAUCACCGCGCAACGGACGCAGCGAAAUUCCUCAGGAAGUGACGUCAGUCAGGAUGGUUACAGCCUCUUCAACGCCUCCUGUGCCCAUAACGAGAUCUCGCGCAUGGACACUGGGAUGGACAGCGGGCAGGACUGGAACCAAAGUGGGUACCCCGGGGACAGCACCACGGACGGCUCGGGAUCCAAUCCAGAAAACUCCUACUACCCGGUCCCCACGGAAGAGGAAGUGGCGUGCCCAGACCCUCCGCUUCCCAACUCUUUUUCCUCCAAUCACUUAAGAGUCGACACGAUCAUCGUUCCUUCGCGGUCGUUGUUGGAGUGUCGGCCGCCGACGGUGAACAACCACUUGUCGCUGGAGUGUCGGCCAUUUCUGGGGGACGGACGGCCAUGUUCCGACGGAGGGUUCGGUGGCGACCAUCGCGAGGUGUCAGCACAGGACGUCUCGCUCUCGGUUGGAUUCGGAGAGCGCGACUGCAACAACAGCAGCCAGGACGUGGGGUCGGUACUGCUGGACGUGACCAACGGCAGCAGACGUGAAAGCUGUGGGAGUUUCGCCAACAACGGCAGUGCCAACACAAUGGCGGGCCACGACCAAGAUCAAGGGUGCGUGUACAACCACGAGAUCCCCAUGACCGCCCUCGACCUCCCGUGCAUCGCGAUCCGCAAGAACAGCCUGGACGAGGAGCUGGUGGGCCUCAAGCCCAGGUGCGUCGUUCUCAAUAGCAAAGGUGGCGGCGGGGGCGGCAGCGGCAACCAGCUGACAGUGCCGCGCGGCAGUGGCAUGCCCCCAACGCUGGGCACGCAACCGAACAAGUCUCGCGCCAACAACAACACCAAGCGCGCGCACAACCGCGAGAAGGAGCGACAUCGCCGCGAGAAGCUGGAGAUGCGGCGCGAGAGGAAAGCGGCCCGCGUGCUGGGCAUCAUCACUGGGGCCUUCGUCGUCUGCUGGCUGCCCUUCUUCAUCCUGGCACUGCUGUCGCCAUUCUGCACGAGCGCCUGUUCCAUUCCGCUUGAGGUGUACAGCCUCUUCCUGUGGCUCGGCUACGUCAACAGCCUCCUCAACCCCAUCAUCUACACGAUCUUCAACCCCAGCUUCCGGUGUGCUUUCAGAAAGAUCUUUUUCAGGCGGCUACGCUCUAUAGGCAGAUGACAACCUGCCUGUUUUGAGGGUUUUUUGUUUGUUUUAGUUUUUGUGAUUUUUUUUACCACCUACUUCAUGGAUUUGUGUCUUUGGGCGUCCGAAUGUUUUCACUUUGUCUUGGAUAUGACUACGGAUGUCUUUUUACCAGUUUCGCUGUUGUCGUUGCGUGUAGCAGGACACAAAUGGAGUGGUGAAGCCUGCAUAAACUCAUUGUUAGUGUACGUUUAUGGUACACUUGUACAUAUUGAUAAUAUUUUCCCCUGAACAUUGUUCAGAAAUACUAAAUAUGUGUGUGAGAGAGAGAGAGAGAGAGAGAGAGAGAGAGAGGAGACAGAGAGAUCGAGAGAGAGAGGAGACAGAGAGAGAUCGAGAGAGAGAGAGGAGUGUACAAAAGGACAGAGGACGCUUCAAAGACAGAUUAAGACAAAUGAAAAUAUGAAGUCGAACAGGUGAGACAGUACCGCUUAUGACAAUGACAUUCGGUACAGCAAAGACAAAGACUGUUGAGAGCACCAGCUAUUCAGUGUGUGUGUGGAUGUGUGGAAGUGUGGAUGUGUGUGCAGCUGUAUGUCUGUGCGUUUGUACAUCUGAGAGUAUGCACAGACGUAAUAUGCAACUAACCCAAUGGUGCAGGCAUCAGCACAGCUGCAUGGUCACGUGAUCCGUCAUGCAGGUAAAUUCUUUUCAAUUUAUUUCAAACCUCGCUCACUUACUCACUCGCUCACACAUUUGCUUUCAUUCUCACACGGAUACACACCUGUUGCACACUUUUGUUAACACACCAGUUGAAGCAGGUCAUUCGCAAAAAAACUUUUUUUAGCUCCAUUUAUAUAUCCUGACCAUUGAAGCUCGCCAGGUAAGCUUCUGCGCCCCUGUCUUCUCACAGACUUCACCCUGACCACUACUCAUCAUGUUUCCCGUCCGUUUUUAGCGGAGAAGCUCAGCAAAGUUACUAACACAUUUUUUUCUUUGGCGUCUUUGGAUUUACAAGACACAAUAAAUAUUUCAUGGCAACUUGUCAGCAAAUAUAUUUGCAUUUUGUCAGAUCCGCACUUGUGUUUAACAUAAACAUUUUAUGUGUUGAAAAUGUCAUUUCUUUCUUGCCACUGAUUUUUUUUUAUUGUUUGUUUUGUUUUGGGUUUUUUUUUGUUUUUGUUUUUGUUUGUUUUUUUUUUACUGUUGGAAAGCAAGGCUGGUAUUAAAAAAAAUUAUCCAACCGAGCGGGCACCUAAAGAUUUGAUCUAUGUCUUGUUCCAGUCAUGAAAAACCCACUGCGAUCCUUACUUACUAUGGAGCAAAUCAUUGUAAAAUGUCUAAAAUGUGAGCACGAAAUGUAGACACAAGACUAAUUUGAGCCCCAAAGCGUAUUCACAUUAACCCUACUCACACCUACUAAAUAGUUCAAAGGUCAAAGUUAUGACUGGUUGUUACGGUUUGUCUUAAAACCUCAUAAACUAUUUGUAUAUAUAUAUACCCUUAACUUCCCGCCACACCCUUUGUUUUAAAUAUUGUUUACAGUCAUGUACACCUGAGAUGGUUCUAAAACUAUCAACAACUCGGGUGGGGACGCAUUGGCCUACCGCAGCCAAGCGAAAUACAUUUACAGAACACUACACUUUUCGUACAGAAAUUGUACCCAUACCAACAACAGUCCUGAAGUUCUUAUUUUCAUUAUUUUUAUUUCGUAAUCGACAUUCAAACAAACAUACUUCACCAUGUUGUGACAGAUACUAAAAAGGUAAAACGUUCCGACUUGUUGAAGGCAAGUGUAAGGAUGAUGGUCUACCUGUAAAUGUGGCUCCCAAAGGUCAAUUCAUUUCUUACAGUGCCCCCUCACACCUGUAUUUCGAACUCAUCAGUGAUACAGUAGCACAGGAAGGCUACCCGACUCUAACUACCCUUUGUGACUGGUCCUGUGAAAAUGAGCAUGACGAAGCGGCUUAUAAUUUCCGACUAAAAUUGUAUUUUCUUCU